CCCGUACUGAAACGUUGUUGUUUUGAAAGUUGCCGUUACCUGUGAAGGCGAUCCUUGCAAUGGUGGACACUGUGAUCGCUCCAGUGGCUCAAUUGUGUGCACCAACUGUCCGUCCGGGAAAAUAGGGCCACGCUGUGAUAUAUAUGAAGUCAUCAUCUGUGAGAGAGAGACAGGUGUUAUUGAAUGCCCUGCGGGACAAGUCAUCGACAUCCAGGAAGCAUUUUAUGGUAGAGAAGAUCAAAUCACGUGUUUUUAUGAGAACGAGCUAGUGACAGAGACCAAUUGCUCCUCCCCGUCAGCUCUGGAGGGAUACGGAAACCUCUGUAAUGAUAAAACCACCUGCAUGGUGACAGCCAGUAACAGUGUCACAGGAGAUGAUCCGUGUCCUGUUGUCUACAAAUAUGUACGGAUCAGACACACAUGCAUUGAUCGGUGCGAUCCAAACCCAUGUCAAGGAAAGAAAUGGCGUAACCGUUGCAAAAUAUGCACUCGAGAUGCAUGUGACAAUUGUCAAACAUGGUGGCAUCAGAGCCGGAACAGAUAUUGUAAACCUUGUUGCAACCGACACACUGGGAAAUGCCGCAAAAUCGGGAAAAGGGGGAAAAGGAAGUGCAGGCAAUUCUUCUGCUCAACGUGAACUGCCAAAUCUUAGAGAACUCCAACUGAACCACGCCCUGUCCCUCGACCACGUUAUGUAAUAUUGCUUAUUGCUUUCUUAUUAUCAAUUGCGCUAUCUUUACAUUAUUUACUCCCAAUUUUAUUGUUGAUGAUAUCAAUGAAAAUAUCAAUUACUAUAUAAGGCAUCAUUUUUUUGCUUGAACAUUCUAUUACAAAUACUGAUACCAACAGUUUUGUUCAUGUGUUAACGUCUAGGAUUCUAAAAAUCUUAUAUUUACGACUCGAAUUUGAACUGUGCAUACAAUGCAACUUUACUGGUACUCGAUAAUGUUAACACGUGUCAUCAUUCAUUCAGUUGGAACUAAUGACAUAUUAAGUACAAAUGUACAGUUGUAUGAUCUCACAAAGGGUCGUGCGUGAACAAAGUCUGCAUGUCCGGUGGAAUGUGAACCCAGUCGCACUGAUUUCAGGCUUGUGGCGCCAGUAUAUUUGUAAUUAUGCAAAUCUACCCUAACACGCAUCUUAUUUACUUAAACCGCCAUUUUGGCUUUCUUUAAUGAUAAAAAAUGUAAUGAUCAUGCAGAGCAUGGAAUAAUUUCUGAUUUAUCUGCAUAAGACAAAAAACAAAAAUGCGCACGUUGUUAACUUUUGAAAGAAAAGAAACAUAUCCUUAAUUGAGUUUCUGUUUUAAUAUUUCUAUCUUGCUUAAUCUUUCAUUAUCUUUAAUUGAUUAUAAUAUUUCCUUAAGCAUAUUGAAUAAAAUUUUGUGCAAAUGUU